CGCCUCCCGCGGGUUACACACCGAAGGACGCGGAGAGGAGAACUUUUCCCUGGCAAGGGCCUGUCUCCUCCUCUUACUAAGUUUUGUCCCCCUCUGCCUCUCUCUCUCUCUCUCACUCUCGUGUCGCCGCUCCGUUUGACGUCCUGCUCGAGGAGGAGGAGGUUCGUGUCGUCUUUCGUCCUCCAGAAGAGAGGACGAUUGUGCCGCAAGCCCUGUAGCCAACGCGUAACAAGCCCCUCUUGUGACGCUCACCCUCCCUCCUUUUCGGAUCCGUAACAGGAAUGGAAGGGAGGAUGAAGGUUCGUUGUGUCCCGACCGUAGUAGUAGGGUACUGGUGCCACUCAUUCCCGAGUCCUCGGCAGUGUGAUUCAUGCUAAGCAGCCGCCAAUUCCCGAUUGAAAUUUCGCUGGAAGGGCGAAAGGUGGCCGAGAAGAAGAAGAAAAAGAAGAAGAAGAAGAAGAAGAAGAAGACCGACCCGAGUACCAUGGGGAAGAGACGAUCCUCGACGCUGCAGCUCGCCCCCUUCAGCGGAUUCUCCAAUCUGAAGGACCGCUUCCAGUGGGAAUCGUCGUCAGAUCCCGACGACCGCCGCCCAGCUAUGUAGACUGCGGCAGUUCAAGUCUUCCAAUUCAAGUCUUCCAAUUCAUAUGUGAUGUAGGUUUAAGAUUUUUUAUGACAUAUCGUAACGAAGUCUUCCAGUUCGAUUGCCUUUUCCUGGUAAAUCUUCGACUCAGCACAAGAAGAAUUUUGUCACCGAGUCCGAAGAAGAAAUAAUAUCCAAGUCAUAUCCAUAGCAUAUAUAUAUAGUUCACUGGUGUUGGCAUACUAGGCUCUUCACUGUGUCUCGUCUCUGUAUUUUUCGUGUAUAUUUCCUGUAUGUUUUGGUCUCAUUCCCUUUCGCAAGAAGUGGAUCAAAUCAGAUUAUAGAGGUUACGCAAGAGUGACCUGAACCUUCAGGAGAGAAAGAAAAGGCCACUGUAAACACGAAAGGUCAUCUCUUUCACUUGUGACCUCGGUAGCCAAGUAGCCCUUUUUCAAGAGGUUAUUUGACCCCUUCAAUAUUAGACCUCAAGUCUCCUUCAAGAUGAUAAUCACAAUGCCCUGGGUAUAGUUCAUUUGCAGGACGGAUUACCCACCUGGAUUUAAGUCUGAUUUCAACCAUCUUUGAAAGUAAAAAACUUCUGUAUAUACAUAUAUAUAUAUAUUUAGAAAGGAAACGCAGAAGAAAGCAAGAAGAAGGAACUUUCAGCAAAACGAAAGCAAAAUAUUCAAUCUGAUUUUUUUUCUCGUCCGAUUGAUCCUCUUAUGGCGACGCCCACCAGGGCAAUCAUAAGCGGGGUGGCCGAUAGUAGCGACCAAAGUAAGGGCGGGGCCCCCCCACCAGUUGGGGGACCUUGGGAACAGUUGGUGGCCUCACUCUUAGCCCAACACACUGCACUCCUCCACAAGUUAGCUUCCGCCGCUGCCGCGGCGCCGCCGUCUUCUGCCACUGCAGCUGCCGCAGCUGCCAUCGCCUGCACCAGAGAGGUCACCGCUGCAGCCGCGGCCGUGGGCGCCGCCCCGCGACCCCUCUUGCACGCCCAUACGCGGUCCCCCGCGCUCAGCCUCGGCCACUACGCCCGUCGCAACUGGCGCAACAGGAGGAACCGACUGAGGAAGAAGCUGCGUAGGUUCUACAACAACAACAACAACAACAAAAACGCCCUCAAGAACUCCAACAACGCCAACGCCAAAAAGGCGUGGGGGGCGACUGAUCAUCCCCCCGCCCACGCCACCGGAAGUGGUGGAGGAGGAGGAGGAGGAGUUGGAAGUGGAGUUGGAGUUAGUGGCGGCUGGAAUGGCCAAGAGUCGUCUUCGUCGUCCUCAUCGUCGUCGACGACCCACCACUACCACCACCACCACCACCACCACGACCAGGUACCUCAGCUACCACAGCCUCCUGUGGCCGCUACCACUACUACCACCACUACCACACACAUCAGGAGGACCUUACGGUCGGUUGUGAGUGUGCGGGAGACUCACGCAGUAGCCGAGGCACAGCAAGAGAAAAAUUCCCGACUGAAGGAAGCGUUUGGUAUAUCAGAAUAUUUUGUCGAGGGUUCGUCCUUGGACCCCAACAGACGGGCCAAGGAAGAGGUGGCUCGGGCUGCGGCAGAGAAACAGAAGGCCUCAGCCUCUGCUGAGGGCCAAGGGCCAGAGAGUGCUGGCAAAAAGUACAGUUGGGUUCAUACACCCUCACCCUCCCCUGAACGCUCUUCAUCAAAGAAAGACAAAAAAGAUAAGAAAAAGAAGAAGAAGAGGAGUCGAGACAGGUCAUCAAGCAUUGAAUCUCGCAAAAAGCACAAGUCAAAGAAGACCAAGCGCAGUAGGAGCAAGUCACCAAAGCGCAAGAAGAGAGAUAGAAAGAAGAAGAAAGAGAAAGCAAAGAGAAGACAUCGCUCUUCUUCCACAUCCUCCUCCUCUUCAACGUCUUCAUCAUCCUCCUCUUCAAGUUCAGGAUCUGAUAGUGGUGUGAGGAGCAAAUCACGACGACGACGUUCGCGUAGCCCAGCAGCUCGAGACAGCUCAGAAUACCGGCGUAAGAGAAGUCGAAGCCGUGAGAGAUCUCGUAAAAGGCCACACCAUCAUGCAGAGAGCUCCCCUGAAGCUCCACGAUCUCGUACGAAGAAGCAACACUGUUCUGACGUCGACUCCUCACCAGAUAGGUGUAAUGCACGACAACAGGAUGACGAUUCCCCAAGUCAACACACUGUUAAGGACAGUCCAAGGGACAAUACCAAGAAUAAAGAAAUCCAUAAAGAUCCAUUGCAUACUACUGGAGAUGGCCAAGACCGAGAACAAGUUGAAGACCCUAACACAAAAAGUACUUGCAGGAACCGGAAUGGGAGUGGUGAACCUGAUGUUGAUACUCCUCCUAAGGGGGCAUCUUUACCAGAAAUCAGUGGAAAUUUGGAAUUUGAGCUUAAUAAAAAUCAGAAUCAAGAGGUGGAAUUUAGUGAAAAGUCCACCGUUAGUGAGCUGAACAUCUCACCAUCAGCAGAUUCUCAUAUAAAUGCAAAUGUUGAGAGGAUAAAACAAAAUCCUGAAGGUCUCCCAAUAGUAAAGUCACCCCCUGGCAUUCCAUCCAAGCAAAAGCUACAAGAAACUAAAAAGCUGAGUCCUAUUGGAUGCAUAUCAAUUCCUUUGCCAAAGCUAGGAAUACCAAACAAGAUCAACCCAAAAUGGAAUGACACCUCAAAAAAAUUAGCUGAAGUAUCUACUAUGCGCAGUAGUGCAUCACAAGAGCCGAAUCUUCCACAAAAUGGGCGACACAUAGAAGGGCUAGUAACCACAAAAUCACCAGGACCACACUCAAGUGGCAUAGCAGUUAGCUCACCAGCACAUAGUCGAUACUCACGGAGUUCUAGCAGAGGUCGAUCAUCUUCAAGAAGCUCUCGUAGUUCACGAUCACCAUCUUCAUCUCAGUCUCGUUCACCUUCUCGUCAUUCUCGCUCUCCAGCUUCUAGGUCGAGAUCUCCCAGGUCUCGGUCUCCUCAUUCCCGGUCCCGGUCCCAGUCUUGUUCUCGUUCACGGUCCCCAAGAUCAAGAUCGAGAUCAUACACAUAUUCCAGAUCCAGGUCACGCUCUAGGUCGAGAUCAAGGAGGAGUAGGUCUCGUUCUAGGUCUCGCUCUUACGGACAUUACAGUCGCUCUGUAUCCAGAUCUCGAUCUAGAACUAGGACUAGAUCUCGUUCACGGUCUCACUCAAUUCCCAGAAGGAGAGGUUCACCAUCUUUCUUAGAUAAAAGAAGAAUAACAAGCGCAAGGAAACGACCAGUUCCUUACCAUCGGCCAACCCCUCCUCCUUCCCCUUCUUCAUCUGAAUCGUCUUUGUGGUCGCGGAGCCGAAGUCGCAGCAGAACUCGUAGUAGAUCGUGGAGUCGCAUUCGUUCUCCUUCAUACAGUAGGUAAUUAAUGAGAACAUUAUCAGAAAUAUGCAAGACAUGCUUAAGUAAGUGAUUGCUUAUUGGUUCAGAAAAUGUUUAUUGUUUGAAGUUGCUGAAUAUAGAGAUUAAUAAUCUAGGAUCAUAAUUCUUUUGCAAAAGACAUUUGUUUUUAUACAAUCUUGCCUUCAUCCUGUAGAAGCAGUCAUAGAAUAUCUGUAAAAAAAAAAGUUUGAUGUAUGAAAUUACUUUAUAAGUUGCCUUGAUUUUCAAUCUUGUACACAUUACUGUAGUGUAAUGUAGUUUAUACAAUGCAGUACAUUAAUUUUCAAGAUUAUAAGAUUGGAAAAUGAUGGGCUUACUUUUUUCUGUUAAUGUUCAAUAAGUUACCCUGCUGAAUGAUGAGAUGUUAAUUUAAAAGCCUCUGUGUGUUAGCGUGGCAGUGUUCAUCCUAUACUUGUCAGCAAGUAUAUGUACGUAUUGUGUUUAUUUGCUCUAGUCAGUUCCAGUGAAUAUUGUUUUCAUAUUGCUGAGUACAUUAUUGAUGUAACCUCUAUAGUCAUGUUUAAGACACUUUCUAUUACAGAUCUGGGUUUUCAACUUGAUCAUCUUUAUUUUAUAAAAUUUUAAGUAAAUUUUGGCCUUUUUCAAUGAAAAAAAGAAAACGACCACUUUGUAAAUUGGAUUGCCAACCACCUGUGAGGAAUAGAAUGUGUCUUCAAGUACAGCUUGUCCUUUUGGUAAAAUACUCAUAUGCAGUGGUACAUGUAGAGGUCAUGCAUAUAAUUCCUCUGAUUGGAAUUUUCAUAAGGAGAUUAAAAAAAUAAAAAUCUAAGAGCAAGAAGACACUGAUAAUUCUACAUACAUCAGGCAUGUGAACCAGUGUAUCCAGCUGUCUUUUGGUGAUGCUAAAUGUCAGGAAUUAGCACAUAAGACAGAAAUGCCUUGACUUCCCCAACGUAAAUACUGUAGAACAGUUCUUGUCAAUGGAUCUCAUUUCCCUUUGACAAAAUAGCAAUAACAUAGGAGAUACAGCAUAGCAUCCUUUCAUCACUGUUUCAGCUAGUCGCCAACAUUUGUUUGCAUCAAGUUUUCCCUGUUUAUUUUUUGUGUGACUGCAAGUUUAUCUGUACUAGAAAAACUGUAUUUCGUCCAAAAAAACAAAGUUUUGCAAUAGCAAGGAAAGUUGUAUACUUGAGACAUUUCUUUACAAGUUAGAAAACAUUAUUUUAAAUCACUGUUGUCAUAGUAUGUAGUUUUGAGCAUCAAGUAUGUACUUAUAGUUGGAACAUGCAUUUCAAAAGUUAAAAUGGACUGUUGCAUAUGUCUACAUCCAGGUUUGCCAACAUACUUUUCUGUCAGCAUUUUACUGCUUUGUAAAGGAAAUAUGUAGAGCAAUUCAUAUUUAAUGAUGUUAGACAUUUCUCAGCGUUCUAAAAGAUUCAUAUCUUUUGUGAGAUAUGGCAUUAAAUGCAAACACAUAAGAAAAAAAAGAUUUAAUUUUGAUGAGCACAAAUUACAAAAUUUGAGCAUACAAAAAUAAAGAAUGUACAUAUUCAUAAUGAAAAUAAAUUUUUUACAGCAUGGUUUAACAUAGCAAAAUAUACUUGAAGUAUAAUGCAAGUAGUAGAAGGAUUAAACACUAAAAUAGAAGCAGCAUGACUAAGCACUGUCCUAAUUACAACUUUUUUAAAGCACAUUUUCAGCCAGAAAUAAUAAAAUUAUUUGAUGCAAAACAUCUUUGAGAGCGUUCAGUUGUUCUGAAGAAUGUUUUUCAAAUUAACGUACUACUAUAGUACUGUUGCAGCCAGAUCUAGUAAUCGAUUUAAUUUAACCCAACCCUUAUAUACCUUGUAUUUAUUUACUAUGAGCAGUCAAACAUAAAAUAAUAUUUUGUAAUGUUUCUCAAGUUAAAUCACUCGGAUUACUAGUUUAUUGUAUUAUUAUUAUUAUAUUACAUUGUUGUUGUUACACAUUAUAUGACCUCUUUGUAACUAUUUAAUACAUAUGGCAAAUUUACAGGAAAAAAUCAUAGUACCUGUUUUUCAUCAGCAGUGCAAAACAGUAAUGUUUGACAGGAGCUUUAAUUGUGCUACAAGCUUCACAACAUGAUUUUGAGGAAUCCUUAUUUGCAGACAGGGACUCUUUUAUAUAUAUAUAUAUAUUUUUUCUUAUCAGAAUUUGUACACUGUAAACCUUUUAAAAAUUAUGUACACCAUAUUUCUUGAUUUGUGCAGUAAUUUGACCUGGAGGUAUGUUGACAUUGGCUGUGUAAAAUGCAAAGUCCCGCAAAACUCGUCCCUCAACAAAACUUUGAAAGAUAAAGAUAUAAGUAUUUUCAGCAUCUUGCUAAUAUUUCCAUCCCUCAUGUUAGCUAUCCUGUGCAUUGGGCAUUUAAGUCUUUUUAGCCGGAAAGAUGUUAAGAGGUACUUCAUCAAAACAUUACUCAACAUCAUUGUAAAAGACUAGAUUACUUCAUAGAGAACUUUUCAUUCCUUUCAGUUAUUUCUUUAUAUAUCCAUUUUUUUGUAGCAUCAUCAUCAUCAUCAAUUUUUCAUUAUUGGUUUCAUUGUCAUCAUGUUAAAUUUCAUUUUUAUACCAAACUGAAGAGACUAUAUUAGACAAUUUGUUGAAAACCCAUUUCAAAAUGUAAUUCUUCAAUGAGUUUACGAUAAUUUUGUCUUUGAUUGAGUUUGCUGAUUUAUGUUGUUCUCGUUUUACAGAAUUCAUUCGGGAAAUAAUUUAACUCAGGCCCCUUAUAUUAGUAGUUGUUCUUAUCAUCAAAAUAUUUUCAGUCAUUAAUGUUCACUUUACAAAGUCAUUCCAAUAAAUACUUUGAAUUUUCUAGUCUGUUCAGACCAUUGACCACCAUUACCAGUAUUUUUAAAUUGUAUAUAUCUCAGACCAUUAGGAUUAACUGUGAUUAUUGCUAAAUUAUUAGUGAUUAUUGCUAAAUUAUAGUGCUUAGCUUUCAUUUUUCUAGCCUUUAUCUAUGCACUAUUUUACUUUUUAUAUUUUUCUCUUUAAUCUUUGAUUACUGACUUUUGUAAACUUAUUAAAAGAUAGCUUCUUGCUUAAUUCUGAUAUGCAUAUCAUACAUAAGUUUAAAAUACUGUUGCUUUCAAAUAAAAUUCUCACUCAUCUGUAAAUACUAAUUUCUAUAUGUAUUGCUUGUCUUGUGAUUAUGAAUGUUUAUUUCUUGCUGUUGCAGUUUUAGUUGUACAGAUAAAUAUGAUGGGAAUAUUGGAAACAACAUAUUUUCUGCGGUCUAAUAUAUAUUUAAAAACUAAAACAUUUACAUUGGUUUUUAUAGGGCUCUGUCACAGGCAGAUUAAGGCUUGUUCUAUUAGUAUCGAAUAGGUUUGGUUUGGCAAUCCAGCUAACAUAACUUUCUUACAAUAUUGCUAACAGCUGUCACAGAUUUAGCAUCUUAUUUGAAAUUUUAUUUCAGCCAUAAAUAUUGUAACUAUUUGUUCUUACAUUAGUUUUGUGGCCUAUGGCAGUAACAAUUUGUAAGUGGUCAUGAAUUAGACAGUUGUUAGUUAUGUAUUUACUUGGUAGGCCAUAUGAAACUUGGCUUUUAGUUAUGUGGCCACCUUUGACCUAUAGGGUGAGCUUGUUAAUAAAUUUCUUCUUAAUUUAGGCACAGUAAUUGUAUGUUGCUCAGUUGUUGUAUGGUGCCAUGAAACUUUUUUUAUGUAGAUAAAAAUUAAAAUCAUAGUUGGUCAGAAUUUACGUACAGGUAAAAAUGAAACUCGUAGAUGGUCAGAGAUGUCUCUAGUCUUAUUUUUUUUAUUAGUUCAUGGAACUCAAGUAUACAUAUAUCUAGUCAUUUUUCAGUCUGACGAAUUGGCAUUAAUUGCAAGUGCUCCCAUUGUAUCCAUCUUUUUACUUCUUAAAACAGUUUUCAUAGAAAAUUCAUGAAAUGUGCUGAUAUGUAUUGUUACAUGGGUUGAAUGCUACAAUCACUUUUGCCCUUAAUUGCUUAGUAAAUAUUUCUUUUGUAUAACAGCAGGUAGUUGUUGAAUUCUGGUUAAUUUCAUAUUUGGAAAAAAGGCAUACUUAAAUAGUUGUGAGAAAAAUUUAGAAGCAAAAUGAAUAGAAAUGUGCCGAAGUAACAUAUCAUUUUCUAACCACAAUAUUAACCUAUAUCUUUCAUGGUAAGAAUGGGAGGACAUGCUGUUAGUGGUUCCUUUUCUGUAUUUCCCUGAGGUUGCAUAUAUUGUCCAAGUAAAUCUUUUGAGAGUGCAAUACAUUUUAGUCACAAAAGCAGUUUUUAAGAUUUUUCAAAUAAUUUAAUUUGACUCUAUGACAGUAUGCACCACAGCAAGUGAUAGCUGAUAGCCAACAUCAGUACAAACGGUUGAUUGAACUUUUGACUUGUAUAGAGUUGAAUGCUCUUUGUGAUAUUGUUCUUUGUAUUAGCUCUAGAAGAGUAUCAGAUCCCAUUGUUCUACCAAGAAUACUUAAUUAAAAAUACUCAGUUUACACCUUGGUGCAAUAUUUGUAUAGUAUUAGGUAUUAAGAUUCAACCCCUCAUGUAAGGUGAAGAGAAUCUCUUUUCUUCUUUUUAGAAUUACAUUUAAAUUGUCUUUUCUGUGUUACAGCAUUUAUGUAUCAAAAUGAAACCAAAGCGUUGUUGUACUUAAUAUGCAUUUCCUAUAAAACCUAAUUUAUUAUUAAUUUAUUCAUAAUUUAUUUCACAGCUCAUAAUAUAUUAAUAUUUAUUGUGUAGAAUUUGUACUGUACUUUGUAGUAUCUUUCUUAUUUACUUGCCCUCAUUGUGGAGUGGCAAUGUUUUUGUAUCAUUAGCUAUUUAUACUUGAUGCAUUUAAUUUCAAUUUUCCAUUUGUCAGUUAACAUUCAGAUAAAAGUGCAAUUCUUUAGAAAUUCUGUUGCCUUUCAAUUAGGUAUCUUGUGAAUAAAAGCCUUAAACUCAAUCAUAGUAUUUAAAUAGAAAAACUCCUCAAUUAGAUUAAUCUCAUAGUUCAGUUGGCAAAUCUGCUAUACUGAGCAUCCCAUGUAAUAGCUGCACAGUGCAACUGAAAAUUACAAUGAACGAUUAUGAUUUCUUCUCAAUUAAUGAAAUCAUUCUACUGAUCUUACUUGGCAUAAUAGCUAAGGCUACUCUCUUUACCAGCACUAAGAAAGAGUAGAAAUCAUGCAAUGGUUUGGUUAAAAUCAUUUAUGACAAUACAGUACUAAUUUAAAUGUUAGUGGUUUAACAUACCUGUACAGUUUUAAAAAUAUUUGUUUCAAUUAAAACCCUUUCAAAAGCAGUACAAUGCAGUACAGUAAAAUUACAUAAUCUAAUUAGUAGCUGAUUCAUGUUUGCAUACAGUAAAGACUUAAAUUUUAAUUUUAAUACUAGUGCAAAUGUAUUUAUUUGUAGAAUGAAUACAUACAGUAUAUAAAUUUUUUUUUCAACAUAUUUGUUUCAUAAUACUGUACUGCACUGCUAACCUUGUUUCUAAGUUUGGUAUGGCACUGCAGGAAAUAGCAUUAAGUUUAUACAUUUAUACAUGGGCAGUUUCAUUCUUAGUAAUAAUGUACUGUAAGCCCAAAAUAAACAUAUAAACUACACUUAUCACAUAUGGUUGCCUUUGAAGAUGUUUUAAAACUAAAUUAGCACUAAAAUUACCAGCCAUUACUGCAGUUGCAUUUCCAUAAAAAAAUUUAGUCUUUUGGAAGAUAGGACAUUUUAAGUCCUUUUUUAUCUUUCUUUUUCAAGUACAGAUGUCAUUUUCUACCUGUUGUGGAUCAUCUCAUAAAUUAUGUUGUAAACCAAAGCACAACACUGACCUCAAUAAUCUUUAUGUUAUGUCCUUCAUUUGUAGAGAUGCAAAAUUUCCAUUAGAAUAUAGAAAAUGAAGUAA